UGUUGAACAGUUGUGUCGUUCAUUUAGUCUAGUGAAGAUUGAAUAAUUAUAAAGUAAACUUUAGAGCGAUAAAAAGAUUUUUUUUAAGUAUUUUAAGUUCGUGUUAUUAGCACUUUUUGCGUCUCUUUUUUGAUUGACAUAAAGUAGAAAAUAAAGAUGUGCUACAAGCAGCAUCUGUUACUUGUUUUCUGUCUGGUUGCACUGACUCACGGAAGAAAAGUAAAUCAAAAUUUUCCACUACUCGAAUUUCAUGAAAUUCAUGAUGUAAAAUUAAUAAUUGAUUAUAAAAGUGUUGAGUUGUCAAUAACCAGAAAUGUCUAUAAUGAGCUUGAGGAGCUGAUGCAAGAUUUAACGAAAUUCGAUUGUGAAUUUGAUAUUUGCAAAGCCGAAAAACGAUUCUUAAUUGACGAAAUUCUUCAGAAAAAUUCUACACUUAUCAACAUUUCAAAGUUGCAAGUAAAGAACUUGAAUCGUAAGAAGCGUGAAUGGGCUCCAUGGGGAAAUUUCCUCAAGUGGUCUGGCGGUGUCAUGAAUUCUGAUGAUCGAAGUGAUUUGCACAGAUAUUUAGUGAAUCUAUAUGAAAAUAUAACAAUACUUGGACAAAAAGUAACCAAAUUAGAGUCGAAAACCAAUCAACCAGCUCAAUUGAAAGCGGAAGUAAAUAAUGAAGAAGUCAAUAAACUUAAGAGAGAUGUGAGACAGUUGAAGGAAAAUAUGCGAAUUCAAAAUUUCAAGGAGCAAUUUACUAAAAUUUCGGUCAUUGCCGAUGCUGUCUUAUCAUCAUACAUAAAUGGAAAUAUCGAUGGAUUGUUGAUUGAUGAAGAAUUGCUUAAUAAUUUGGACAGCGUGAGAAAUUCAUUACGCAAUGAUCGUCAGUUUACCUGUGAAAAUUCACUGGAUUGUAUCAGAAAUGCCAAAGCUAAAAUUGUCUUCAAAAAUGAGAAUUUUCAUAUAGUUUUGGAACUGCCUAUUGCCACGACCAGAACAAUGAAACUUUAUAAAGUUGAAUCGAUUCCUGCAGCAUACAGUAAUUAUGUUCUUAUCUUAAAACCACAACACAAAUAUUUCUUGUUCGACGAAAAAAAUGAGGAAUUACUGACUACAAAUGAAAACUUUAUGACUAGCUGCAUAUCAAAUGACUCUGAUGACAUGUAUUGUAAAGCCGACGAUAUAAUUAAAAAUGCAAACAAAAUGGAUUGCUUGUUUACAGCUCAACGCGAUAAUAUAAUCGACAUUGAAGUUUGUGGAAACAAAAUGGAACUUUUGGAAUUGGAAAGCUUUGCCGUCAUCAAAAUGGACAAAGGAACAUUUUGGAUUUUCAGUGAAUCGUCAAAUACUAUAAACACAAGCUGCCAUGGAGAUAACAUGCAGAGUAGAAACUUAACAGGAGUUGAAAUAAUAAAAUUGCCAUACGGAUGUCAUGCAGAUAUUAAUAAUAUGAAGCUUAUCUCUUACAGUACAGACGUUGAAAAACAAACUGAGUCAUUCUAUGCAAAUAUAUCGAUAGAAAGUUUUAAGCAGAUUAUCAAAAAUAUGGAAUCGACUGUUGAUCUUAGUGAAGAUAUUCCCUACGAUCUUCAAACAGCUCAUCCAUCUGGUCUCAAGGAGAAAACAUACAAACGUGAUGAUUCAUGGCAAGCCAAAAAUCAAUAUCAGGAGAGCGAGAUAAAAAUUCUACAAGCUGAGCAUAACAAAGCAUUAAUCAUAGCAUUAAUUAUCGCCGUUGCAGCUUUACUGUUCAUUGUAUUUAGGAAGCAUAGAUCGAUCUUUAUUAUGACAAAUUCUGAUAAAGAUUUAAAAGACAUAAAUUAUGACGAGCAGAGCAUAAAUUCAGAAAUUGAUGUGAAAUUGAAAGCAGAUAUAAAGUAAUUUUCUAACUGGCCUUGCAAGGGCAAAAGUCUAUUUAUAAUUGAUUGAGAAAUCAGUAGUCACUAGUUUAUUGCAUUUGAAUGUUUACGAAUGGAAAGAGAAGAUGUUUGAGAAUAUCUGAUGUGUUUUUUUUAAAAUUCUAUAUUUCUAUUAGUUUAGAAUGACUAUACAACCAAUAGGGUCUUUAGAUAUAUUAAGUUAAAGAAAAGGUCAAAGCUACGACUUACGCACUUCCGAAUAUGAUCGAAUUAUUUAUGUAUAUCUUGAUGAUGUACAAAUUUUAUGCACUGAAAGAAUUAAUUUAAUUAAUAAAGUAAUUAAGACCUUUAAACUUUCUGUUGAGUCAUAAGCUUCUAUAUUACUACGCAAAGAAUUACUCAUAAGUCUUUUGAUAGAAACUAAUUUUAAUUUGAACUUUAAGCUUCUGAAGAAGACUACAUUUCCGACCUUGGCAAUCCAAAAUGCGGUCAGAUUUUGAAAUAUUUUAAAAAUAAUGUGAAAGUAUUGCCAAUAUGACUGCAGAGUCCUGCUUUUUCCAUAAACUACCCUCAUAUUUACUGAUUAAAAGUCAAUUAAAUUUAUUUUUAAAAACAAAUAAGUAAGCUCUUGACAAUAAAUAUGCAAAAUUGCGUUUUAAAAAUUCUGAUUUUCAAGAACUUAUUUUUAAAAUGAAUAUUUUUGAAUAUUAAAUUAAAUGUGAAGAAGUAGCUUAUAAAGAUGUUGAUGUACGUCAUUAAUGAACGACCACUAUUGUAAUGUGACAGGCAAUGAUGAUCUUUAACAAUGAUGUACUAAGUCAUAGUAAUAGGUUGUUAACGAUUGCUGAACAAGCCACAAACAUUUCAUAAUAGCAGUAAUCGUAUAUUUCUUGGUAAUAAAGCUUCGGUUUUAUAAAUUUACUUAAAUUUACUGCAAUAUCGAAUAUCAGAGAACUACUAAACUACUCCUG